ACGAUCAAAUCGCAUGUGGUAUCGAAUUGCAGUGCAAACGGUCAACAACAGUUGAGUGUCUAUGAUCCAACAUUGGGAAGUUUGGGUAAUCAAAUGCGUAAGUUGUCGUUAAGUGAAUGGUUGAAUGCAUUGGAACAUCUGCUGCAUGUGCUCUUCUAUAUGUGUCGUCGAGUGCAAACCAUUCAAGAGCUCAUCACCGAGAACAUCGAUCGUUACGUGGAGUUGUACUGCGAUAGCGGUAACGUUGUGGAGCAACCACAAUGCACUUCAUCACUAUCUAUGGAAAGAAUUGAGCAGACGGAAUCAGCGUUCUCACAGCAGCAACAAUCAAAUCUUACGAGCAACACUAGCAGCAAUAAUAAUAAUAAUAAUCACCCGUCAAUAAUCGUUGAGCAUGACGACGAACCAGAAGAUGAUUUGGAGGAUGAUUUGACGGUAGACGGAGUGACAGAGAGUGUUGAUCAACUGCCGGACUUAUCACCAUCAGGAUCCGUGACCAGUAUGGUUCUCGAUCCUAUCAGAAUGCCAAAAUUACCGUCUACAGUCUCACUAGAUAGAAUGCCAUCUGACAGCACUGCCACAGCACCAACAAAACACAUUUUUGCAAUUCAUCACAGUGCGACAAUCAAUAUCGCUAUUGACUGGCCAUGCGACAUAUACGGCUCAGGAACGAAGUUGUCGACUUUUCGUUGCAAGAUCAAAGUUAUCAAUGUAGUUUUGCUUUAUCAGGAUGGAUUUCUGGAGCGACUGUCCUUAUGUGAAUUUCAACGAGUGUUACGAAUCGCCGACGAAUUCAUUAAUCGAUGCGGUUUGUUGAUUGGACGUGAAGUGAAGUAUUCAUCACCGUUACAGUUGUGUAUUGUGCAGCUGAGUGCGCGUUUCAUCAAGCAUUUUCAUCAGGAUCGUAAAGCGAAAUUGAGCCAUAUUUUGGAUUCGGAGAAUUGGCGUGCCGGUGAAGUGCCUGAGUUGUUUCAACGGAUUGUCGACGAAUGCUUGCAAAACGAACGUUUGAGCGAUGUGUCAACUGCUGUUGAUCAGAAGCAAUCAUUUGGCGAUACAAAAACCUCAAAGAAUCAUCAGAACGCUUUGAUGGUCGAUGGCGAACCUUAUGUUGUUGUUGGGACUGCGCUCUUGGUACUGCAAAUGAUGGCUGAGUAUUGUGACGCACUCGCUGUUCUGCCUGAAUUUGCUUCUGAAUUGUUGAUGUGCGUUGUGGAGGUAUUGAAGAACUUCAACUCACGUAGUUGUCAGUUGAUACUCGGAGCUGGUGCUCUACAGCUGAUCGGUUUGAAGUCAAUCAGCGUUAAACAUUUAGGUAGUGGACCAUUUCAUAGUUUUGAUAUUAAACAUAUCGACUGUCGUUAUCAUAUGCUUUGUUAUAUCAUUUGA